UCGGUUACUGCAACUACCUUCCCUGGAGAGGUACCAUCAAGUCUUAUCUCUAAUUUAUCAUUUUAUUUUCUCUUUCAGAUCUGAAUUUUCUUUUUUCCAAUAUUAUUAUUAUUUUUUGUGUGCUAAUUUUGCUGGAAGUUCCCUGAAUUUGCUUUCCUUUUGCUCCAAAGACCCGAAUUCUUCAUCCUGGUAUUUCAAGAUUCUUAUUGGUAAUGAUAAAAACCUAAACAUUGAUAUUUCCCACUAGUUAUUAAGCUAAUUUGGGCAACCAUUUGUCCUCAUAAUUGUUAAUUAUGUAUACUAGUGAAUGGUUCAAUUUUAGAUCUUAAAUUAUUCUUUAUCGUUUGGGUUAUGAAAGGGUUUAGUGGCUAUUUAGUAUCUAAUUUAUUUUUCUGAGUGAAAUUCUCUUCAAUCGUUUAAUGAAUUUUGAUGGGGUUGAGAAGAACUGAAAUCAACCUGAGGAGGUUGCUUGAAGCUGUUCCACACCAACAAAAUCAGUCAAAGCUCAUGCAUUAUGUUGCUACUUUACGAGAACAACUGGACCAACUGGCUGAAGAGAGAACCCCAGAAGGGCUACCCAGGGUUUCAAAAGCUAUGGUGAAUGAUUAUUCAGAGAAAAUUGAAGUGACCGCUGCUAUACUAGCAGUCCCUUCGGAGCCCUUUGCUUGGACAUCUGUCAGUGGAAGAAGCCCUUCUAAAGCAGAAGGGAAAAGUAUUUACCACUCUCCUGGAUUGAGGAGCAGAUUUGUGUGAUCAAUCAGCACCUGUCAA